GGAGGAGGAGGAGGAGGAGGAGGAGGAGGGGCGGCCGCAGCUGCAUCCAGCCCCGUUGGCUUCCUUCCCAGCGCUCCUUCGCCGCCUCCUCCUCUUCCUCCUGUAUGAGUCAGGCAUUUCCCGGGGAUUUGGAACAGCCACGCGCGGCCCGAGUUCCCGGAGCUGUAGCCGCCGCCGCUGCUCCACGAGCGUCAGCGCCGGGGCCGCCACCGCGGCCGGGAGCACCCGCGUCCCGGGCGCGCACGGACCAUGGAGAGGGCGGCCCAGGGCGCAGACGGCGGGGGCAGCAACAGCAGCAGCCGCAGCAGUAGCCGCGCCACCUCGGCGGGCUCCUCGCCCUCCUGCUCCCUGGCCAGCCGCGGGGUGUCCAGCCGAUCGGCGGCGGCCGGGCUCGGCGGCGGGGGCAGCCGCAGCAGCCCGGGCUCGGUGGCCGCUAGCCCGUCCGGGGGCGGCGGCCGCAGGAGGGAGCCGGCGCUCGAGGGCGUGCUCAGCAAAUACACCAACCUCCUGCAGGGCUGGCAGAACAGGUACUUCGUGCUGGACUUCGAGGCGGGCCUCCUGCAGUACUUCGUGAACGAGCAGAGCAAACACCAGAAACCCCGCGGCGCCCUGGCUCUGUCGGGCGCCAUCGUGUCCCUGAGCGAUGAGGCGCCCCACAUGCUGGUCGUGUAUGCUGCCAACGGGGAGAUGUACAAACUGAGAGCUGCUGAUGCAAAGGAGAGACAGUUCUGGGUGACUCAGCUUCGAGCUUGUGCCAAAUACCACAUGGAAACAAGUUCUAAGACUACUCCAAGCUCCCGAAGCCGAAGUCUCACAUUGCUCCCCCAUGGAACACCCAAUUCUGCGUCUCCCUGUAGCCAGAGACACCUCAUUGCGGGGGCUCCCGGCGUUGUCACAGUCACGCAUCACAAGUCGCCUGCAGCUGCCCGAAGAGCCAAGAGUCAGUAUUCCGGCCAGCUUCACGAAGUCAGAGAGAUGAUGAAUCAGGUGGAAGGACAGCAGAAAAGCCUGGUGCACGCCAUCGAGUCCCUGCCGGGCUCCGGCCCCCUCACUGCCUUGGACCAGGACCUGCUGCUCCUGAAAGCUACCUCGGCUGCCACCCUCAGCUGCCUGGGGGAGUGCCUGAGCCUCUUACAGCAGAGCGUGCACCAAGUGGGCGCCCCCAGCCACAAGCCAGGGGCCUCAGAAAACAUCAUGGGAUGGCACGGGCCCAAGUCACAUUCCACAGAGCAGCUGAAAAACGGGACAUUUGGCUCCCUGCCAUCAGCCAGUGCCAACAUAACCUGGGCGAUUCUACCCAACUCCGCCGAGGAUGAGCCCACCCUGCCGCCGGAGCCAGAGCCAAAUUCAAGCCCUGAAUUGGUUUUGUCUGAAGAUGAAAAAAGUGACACUGAAGAUAAGGAAGAAGCAGAGUUGGGUGUUGUGGAGGAUCAGCGCAGUAUAAUUCUUCAUCUGAUUUCCCAGCUCAAGCUCGGGAUGGAUCUAACCAAGGUGGUGCUUCCCACGUUCAUUCUGGAGCAGCGCUCCUUGCUGGAGAUGUACGCAGACUUCAUGGCGCACCCAGACCUGCUGCUGGCCAUCACGGCGGGGGCCACGCCGGAGGAGAGGGUCAUUUGCUUCGUGGAAUACUAUCUCACCGCCUUCCAUGAGGGCCGCAAGGGGGCCCUGGCCAAGAAGCCCUACAACCCCAUCAUUGGCGAGACGUUUCACUGCUCCUGGGAAGUACCCAAGGACAGGGUCCGGCCUAAGAGGACUGCCCCCCACUCGCCUGCCGGCCACGAACACCCCAUGGGCAAUGACCCGUCCAAAGGCUACAAAUUGCGGUUUGUGGCAGAGCAAGUGUCCCACCACCCGCCCAUCUCCUGCUUCUACUGUGAGUGCAAGGAGAAGAGACUGUGCGUCAACACUCAUGUAUGGACCAAAAGCAAGUUCAUGGGCAUGUCCGUGGGGGUGUCGAUGAUCGGGGAAGGGGUCCUGAGGCUCCUGGAACACGGGGAGGAGUAUGUGUUCACCCUGCCGAGUGCCUACGCCCGCUCCAUCCUCACCAUCCCCUGGGUGGAGCUCGGAGGAAAAGUCAGCAUCAGCUGUGCCAAGACGGGCUACUCUGCCACCGUUAUCUUCCACACGAAGCCUUUCUACGGAGGGAAAGUCCACAGGGUUACAGCAGAAGUGAAGCAUAACCCCACCAACACCAUCGUUUGCAAAGCUCACGGCGAGUGGAACGGAACCCUGGAGUUCACCUACAACAACGGGGAGACCAAAGUCAUCGACACGACCACGCUGCCCGUGUACCCGAAGAAGAUCCGUCCUCUGGAGAAGCAGGGGCCCAUGGAGUCCAGGAACCUCUGGCAGGAGGUGACCCGCUACCUGCGGGUGGGGGACAUAGAUGCGGCCACGGAGCAGAAGCGCCAUCUGGAAGAGAAGCAGCGGGUUGAGGAACGGAAGCGGGAGACCCUCCACAUGCCCUGGAGGCCCAAAUAUUUUACGCAGGAGGGUGACAGCUGGGUCUACUUCAAUCCCCUCUGGAAGGCGCACUGAUGGGGUGGCAGAGCAGAGCUUUCAGAAAUAGCCGUUUUUGUAGGAAUUAAAGUGGUACAGUAUCAAAGUUCGGCUGGUAUGCGCUGAGAAGCUUGGUAUCAUUCAAGAAAUCAUACCUGAGAAAUUAUAUACUGUGAAAAAUGAAUGCUCCCCCCAACUCUGCUUUAGGAUUGAGUUUCUUCAGGAGCGACCUGGGGCCUGUGUGUGUGCAGAGGUGGGCACUCAGCGCUGACUGUUCACAUGCAUGCACUCAACACAGCUGCUGGGAGGAUGUGUGUAGACAUGGCACUUAUCGAGGUGUAAGCGGGUUAUUAGGAGCUCCCUUUUUAAUCAAUGAGGUUUGAUGUUUUCUAUUCUUCAUGAUGCCAAAAACGUUUUGCACUGACAAAGGGAGCCCCAUUCAUUUCCGAUCCAAACAACGGUGAGCUAGCCGUGGCCCAUUCACAUGGAAAAAAAAGUGGUUCUGCCUGAUACCUGUGUAGAUGGCUAUUAUAUCAGUCCAAGAACAAUACGUGCUAGUUCCGGUUGGAUGGAGAGUGGGCAGGAAGUGGUUAAUUUUUCAGACUGGAGCACAUCUGGGAGAAUUUAGGCUCAAUUGGGUUUUUUUUUUUCCUCCCAAAAACUUGCCCCUGACAAUUAUUCAUACUCAAAGCACUAAGUCACACAUCUCUCAGAAGCUGCUUCUUUACAGUAGAAAACAGGACAUUUGGAGACUUUGUUACUUUAUGAUGAAAAAGGGCUUUAGAAGUUAAAUACACGCAGGCAUAUCUGAACAACGCACAGCCACAGCCUCCGCCUCAGCUUUAGUUUGGGAAAAGAGCAAACUUUCCUGCGGACGGUUUUGUUUUUUAAUAUACCUUUCUUCUUUCACCCAAACUGCAAGAACACCACUGUGAUCAAACAUACUUACAGCCUGCAUAAGCGUUCCAUGGAUUCUGUUGAAUUUGUCUUCAACCUUUAUAGAUGACGUUGAGAUAUGGCUAGAUAAAGCAAAGGGGAAACUGAAAUGUUUGAUUUUUGCUCAAUGCUUACUUUAUUUUUUACUGUGCCACUCCAAUGAGAAUAUUUAUAAAAUCCAGUAGCAUGAGUGCUUCUCUGUAGUAAUACUAAUUUUGUGCCUUUCGUCUGCUUUCUGAAGACCAAUUGUUCAUGACUUUGUAGAUAUUAGACAAAUAUAUUUCGAUUAAAUACCAUA